AUGACCUGUGACAACCAGCGGCGUUCAUGUGCUCUCCGUGAUUGGCAACAUGCACAUCAACAAGGAUACAAGGACACAAAUUUAGCUGCUCAGUGCGGUUAUAGGUAUAAGAUAUAUGUGGAAGGAGUCGCAUGGUCGGUCAGUAAAAAGUAUAUUCUAGCAUGGGAUUCUUUGUCUCUAUUUAUGAAGCUCUAUUACUAUGAUUUUUUCUCAAGAACUUUACUGCCUUUGAUCCACUACUGGCCCAUAAAUGAGAGAGAUGAAUGCAAAUCUCUUAAAUUUGCAGUUGACUGGGGCAACAAUCAUAUACGCAAGGCUCAAGAGAUUGGAAGAUCAAGCAGCAAUUUCAUUCAAGAGGAACUAAAGAUGAUUUAUGUAUAUGACUACAUGUUUCAUUUAUUAAAUGAAUAUGCAAAGCUAUUGAAAUACAAGCCAACUGUGCCUCCAGGAGCUGUUGAAGUGUGUUUAGAAACAAUGGUUUGCACAAGGAAAGUAAAUUUGGAGAAGAUGUAUAUGGUGGAAUCCAUGGUCGAGGGUCCUGCAGAUGCAGCACCAUGCAACCUUCCACCCCCUUAUGAUACUCUAGAUCUUCGAUCAUUUCUUAAAAGAAAAGAAGCUUUGAUAAAGCAAGUGGAGGUUUGGGAAGAAAUUGGAAAUAUUGGAGAGGAGAUCUUUUAUAAACCUAAAUAA